UCGGGCCUGCGUCCCGCCAUGGACCCCGAGGCCCUCGUCCAGUGUCCCUACGACAAGAGCCACCAGGUCCGGGUGUCCCGGCUGCCCUACCACCUCGUCAAGUGCCAGCGGAACAACCCGCAGGUGGCCCGCACGCUGGCCACCUGCCCCUUCAACGCCAGGCACAGGGUGCCCCAGGCCAAGCUGCGGAGCCACAUCGCCUCCUGCCCCGACAAGCGCCAGCCCGACCUCCCCCACGAGACGGACACAUCUCAUGGCAACAGGAUGAAGCGACCAGAGGUCCCCACAGCCUGGCAGUGCCCCCCAUGCCAGGAGGACUGGGAGGCUGAGCUGGAGGACCUGGAGGAUCCCCCACCAUUCAUCCUCAACAUCAGGACAAACGACCUGCUCCUCCCGUGCGACAGCUCUGCCCCGACAGCACCCACGAGCCGAAGCCAAGGCGGGGGAGCCUCGGGACACCCUGCAGCGGGUGUGGAGUGGCGGGCGCAGGAGGGACCACGGAUGGUGGUGGCAGGACCAGGGCGGUGCCCGUCUCUCCCCCAGGACUGGGGGGACUGUGGUGCCGGGGGCGGCAGUGCCCCCUCGGCUGCUGCUGCCGGGGGUGAUUAUACCCACAGCUUUUAAAUGCAUGUUA